GUGACUGAGACAAAAAUGGAUGUCAAACCAUUUUUCCGGAAGUUCGGCAUCGGUGUACGAAUUUUUCUCACAUUUCUUUUUGCCUUCUUAGUACUCGGAUUGGUGCUAUGGGCUUACAUUGCCCAUGUUAAUCUUUUUUCAUCUCAGUAUGGCAUUCUGGCCUUUGGCUUUUAUGGUCUUCUGCUAUGUCUUCAUCUGCUGGUCCAAAGUAUAUUUGCUUUUGUGGAGCACCGGCGGAUGCGUUCCCGCAGAGACGCAUGCACCUACACCAAGACUGUGGGUUUUACCAUCUCUGCUUACCAAGAAGACCCAAAGUACCUGCGAGACUGCUUGCAAUCAGUUAAGGGACUCCUGUAUCCACCCGAGUUGAUCCGGAUUAUCAUGGUGGUGGACGGUAAUACAGAAGAAGACCGCUACAUGAUGGAGAUGUUCAAGGACAUUUUUGCAGACCAGGAUCCUGGCUGCUAUGCUGCCUGA